AUGGGAAGUUUCAACACCAGUUCUGGAGAGAGCUUCAUUUUGGUGGGCUUCUCAGAUUGGCCUCAACUGGAGAUCCUCCUUUUUGUCUUUAUUUUGAUUUUCUACUCCCUAACUCUCUUGGGCAACACCACCAUCAUCAUUCUCUCCCGAAUAGACCCUCGACUGCACACGCCCAUGUAUUUCUUCCUCUCCCACCUCUCCUUCCUGGACCUUUGCUUUACCACCAGCACUGUGCCUCAGCUCCUAAUCAACCUUCAGGGACUGGACCGGACAAUCAGCUAUGGAGGGUGUGUGGCCCAGCUCUUUAUCUACCUUGCCCUGGGCUCCACUGAGUGUGUGCUCCUGGUGGUGAUGGCCAUUGAUCGCUAUGCAGCUGUGUGUCGUCCACUCCACUACACAACCAUCAUGCACCCCCUUCUCUGCCAGGCAUUAGCUAUCACAUCCUGGGUAGGAGGAUUCAUGAACUCUCUGAUUCAGACAGGCCUCAUGAUGGCCAUACCUCUCUGUGGCCAUCAACUGAACCACUUUUUCUGUGAGAUGCCUGUAUUCCUGAAGUUGGCCUGUGAGGACACAGGAGGCACAGAGGCCAAGAUGUUUGUGGCCCGAGUCAUAAUCUUGGUUGUGCCUGCAGCACUGAUUCUAGUCUCUUAUGUGUACAUUGCUAAGGCAGUACUGAAGGUCAAAUCAAUGGCUGGGCGCAGAAAGGCUUUUGGAACAUGUGGGUCCCACCUGCUGGUUGUUUUCCUCUUCUAUGGCUCAGCCAUUUACACGUACCUCCAACCUAUCCACAGUUAUUCUGAGAAGGAGGGAAAAUUUGUUGCCCUUUUUUACACUAUAGUCACUCCCAUUCUCAAUCCUCUAAUUUAUACCCUAAGAAACAAGGAUGUGAAGGGAGCUCUGUGGAAAGUACUAAGAAGAAGCAGAGACUCAGGUUAA